AUGACCACUCCAGCCAGACGACGACUCAUGAGGGAUUUCAAAAGAUUACAAGUAGACCCACCUGCAGGAGUCAGUGGAGCCCCGUCAGACAACAAUAUCAUGUUUUGGAAUGCAGUUAUAUUUGGGCCUCAUGAUACACCAUUUGAAGAUGGAACAUUCAAGCUAACUAUUGAAUUCACAGAAGAAUAUCCAAACAAGCCCCCAACGGUUCGAUUUAUCUCCAAGAUGUUUCAUCCCAAUGUGUAUGCAGAUGGCAGUAUAUGCUUAGAUAUUUUACAGAACAGAUGGAGUCCGACGUAUGAUGUUUCUGCCAUUUUAACAUCAAUCCAAUCUCUGCUCCACGAUCCAAACCCAAAUAGCCCUGCCAAUAACGAGGCAGCCCAGCUGUACAGAGAGAAUCGCCGGGAGUACGAGAAGAAAGUGGCCGCCAUUGUUCAAGAAAGCUGGAAUGACAAUGAGGAGGAGGCGGAGGCAGAAGAGGAAGCGGAGGAGGAGGAGUGUAAAACAGAGUCUUAG